AUGAAGCUGUCUAUACUCUCGUUCACCACUCUUGGCGUGGCUUCGGUCAUGGCCGGGUCUGCUUCCGUCUGCCCCAGCAACAACACCCAUGCCACGGGAGCAGCCCUGCAAAACAUUAUCGACUACAAAAAAGGCGAUCACCAGCUCAUGGCCGGCUACUUCCGAUCCUGGCGGGACAAGGCUAGCUCCACGGCCAACAAGGUUUCCAUGCUUGAUUUGCCAGACUGUCUUGACAUUGCCCUUGUUUUCCCCCAGGGCGACGAGCCCGCGGCCUUUUGGACCGCGCUCAAAGAUACCUACGUCCCCGCUCUGCACACGCGCGGCACCAAGGUCGUCAGGAGCGUGGGCAUUGCCCAGCUCAUCAACAGCACCUGGGCAAAUACGCCUGCUGGGUGGCAGGGCCUCGCCGCUGACCUGCUGAAAAAGGUCGACGAUUACGGGCUGGACGGCUUGGACAUUGAUGUUGAACAAAGUCUCAGCGCCGCUCAGCUUCAGCAAGCUACGGGCGUUUUCAACGCACUGUCCAAGAAGCUUGGCCCAAAGUCUGGCACCGGAAAACUGCUCAUUUUUGACACCAACGGGGAUGGCAGCCAGCCACUGUGGCGGAAUGUAUACUCUACCGUCAGCUAUGUCCUGAUCCAGUCCUAUGGUCGCAGCCCUAGUAGCUUGCAAAACACCUACAACUCGUUCAAAAGUUACAUUUCCAGCAAGCAAUACCUCAUUGGCUUUUCCUUCUACGAGGAGAAUGGCGCCAACUGGGGAGACACGACCUCUCCCAUAACGUCUAGCCGUGCCUGGCAGUACGCCAAGUGGCAGCCUUCCGGCGCGACCAAAGGCGGCAUCUUCUCAUACGCCAUUGACCGUGAUGGAGUUCCCAUUGGCGACAAUAGGCUUCAGCCGACUGACUUCACUUGGACGCGAAAGCUGAUUUCGGCCAUGAAUCCGUAA